UUUUUCCCUUUCUUCUCUCUUCUUUCGCGUUUCGAAGGUUGGGGAAAGCUUUCUCGCAGAAGAAAAUAAAAAGCUAGAGAGAGAGAGAAUGUCAAUGUUUUUUUGAUGCUUCGUAUGGUAAUUAGGGUUUUUUUUUGGGUUUGAUUUCGUCCCCUUGGAGAAGUGAAUCUCCCGCCUAUAUCUACGGCGUCUAAUUCGUAUCCUUUCUCGUUGCUCCAAAACCCUAACUUUACUUCCGUCGGUCAUUAUUUACACUUUCUCGGCUCGAUUUGGUGUUGGAGGUGGGUAAAUCAGUGAUGGGCGCCCCGGAAAAGUCGCAAUCUAAUACCAAUUCGAUGCAGAGAGUGAAGGUCUAUCAUUUGAAUGAAGAUGGUAAAUGGGAUGAUCGAGGAACUGGGCAUGUAAGCAUCGACUAUGUGGAGCGAUCAGAAGAACUUAGUCUAUGUGUAAUUGAUGAAGAAGAUAACGAGACGUUACUUGUGCAUCCCAUCAACCCUGAGGACAUUUACAGGAAGCAAGAAGACACUAUAAUCUCAUGGAGAGACCCGGAGCGCUCAACAGAACUGGCUUUAAGCUUUCAAGAGACUGCGGGAUGCUCUUAUGUGUGGGAUCAAAUAUGCACUAUGCAACGAAAUUUGCAUUUCAGCUCUUUGAACAGCGAAACAUUUCACAGCCUGAAUAGUGAGUUGAGGGAGCUUCCUGCUGUAGAGCUUACUACUCUUCCCCUAAUACUGAAGAUCGUUACAGAGAGUGGCAUUACAGAUCAGAUGCGGCUUACUGAACUUAUUUUGAAGGAUCAUGAUUUCUUCCGGAAUCUGAUGGGUGUGUUUAAAAUAUGCGAGGACUUGGAAAAUGUUGAUGGCCUUCACAUGAUAUUUAACAUUGUCAAGGGAAUCAUUUUGCUGAAUAGUUCUCAGAUCUUGGAGAAAAUAUUUGGAGAUGAACUGAUUAUGGACAUUAUCGGAUGCCUUGAAUAUGACCCCGGAGUUCCUCACUCCCAGCAUCACCGGAAUUUUCUGAAAGAGCAUGUUGUCUUUAAGGAGGCUAUACCAAUCAAGGAUCCGUUAGUCCUGUCAAAGAUACACCAAACGUACAGAAUUGGUUACUUGAAGGAUGUUGUUCUGGCUAGAGUACUAGAUGAUGCUAUAGUUGCAAACUUGAAUUCAGUAAUCCAUGCAAACAAUGCCAUUGUUGUUUCAUUGCUGAAGGAUGAUAGUACUUUUAUUCAAGAGUUAUUUGCGAGGUUGAGGUCACCUUCUUUAUCUAUGGAAUCCAAGAAAAAUUUGGUAUAUUUCUUGCACGAAUUUUGUAGUUUAAGCAAGAGCCUCCAGGUGGUGCAGCAGCUGCGACUAUUUAGGGACCUUAUUACUGAAGGAAUUUUUCAUGUCAUAGAAGAAGUCCUGCAGAUUCCGGACAAAAAACUUGUAUUGACUGGUACAGAUAUCCUGAUGCUUUUCUUGACUCAAGACCCCAACCUUUUACGUUCUUAUGUUGUUCGGACAGACGGAAACCCCCUCCUUGGUCUCCUGGUCAAGGGAAUGAUGGAAGACUUUGGUGAUAGGAUGCAUUGCCAAUUUCUAGAAAUUAUCCGAACCUUACUGGAUGCAAAUGCAUUGUCUGGUGGAGCUCAGCAGAGAGCGAAUAUCAUGGAUAUAUUUUACGAGAAGCACCUACCAGAGUUAGUGGAUGUCAUUACUGCCUCAUGUCCUGAGAAGUCAGGCAACACAUCUGAAGGUGCAGCGAGACGGAUUUUCACAAAACCUGAAGUCCUAUUGAACAUAUGUGAAUUGUUGUGCUUUUGCAUCAUGCAAGAUGCAUCCAGAACAAAAUGCAGUUUUCUCCAAAACACUGUGACUGAAAAAGUUUUGCAUCUCACACGGAGAAAGGAAAAAUACCUAGUGGUUGCUGCAGUACGAUUUGUCCGUACUCUCCUAUCAGUCCAUGAUGAGUAUGUCCAGAAUUAUGUUGUUAAAAACAACAUGCUGAAACCGAUCAUAGAUGUCUUUAUUGCAAAUGGAAACCGGUACAAUCUGCUGAACUCUGCAGUCUUGGAUCUGCUUGAGCAUAUACGCAAGGGAAAUGCAACUUUGUUGCUCAAAUACAUAGUCGAUACAUUCUGGGACCAGUUGGCCCCAUUUCAGUGCUUGACCUCCAUUCAGGCUUUCAAGGUCAAGUAUGAACAGUGUUUAGAAAGUGCCGGACCGAAAAGCACUGCUGAUGCGGUGGAUCCAAGAAGACGAGUUGACGAGCGUGCCUUGGAAAAAGAGGAGGAAGAUUAUUUCAAUGAAGACAGCGAUGAAGAAGAUUCAGCCUCUGCUUCUAAUACACAGAAGGAAAAACCUACUUCUAAUACAGAGAAAGAGCAACCUAAGCCUCACCUUUCCAAUGGAGUGGCUGUAAGCCCUACUUCUUCAAGUCCGAGGUCUGGAGGCUUGGUCGAUUAUGAAGACGAUGAAGAUGAUGAAGACUAUAAACCUCCUCCACGGAAACAGCCAGAAGUCUCUGAGGAUGAGGAAGGCGAGCUUCUUAGUCUGAAACGCAAAUCCGAUUGUGUAGAAAAAGAACAAGAGCCGUCCAAGAAACCGCGGUUGGGUAAAAGUUCAAAAAGGGAAAAUGUAUUUGCUGUGCUAUGUUCGACGCUGAGCCAUGCAGUUCUUACGGGUAAGAAAAAUCCAGGCACCACUGGAUCUGCAGCCCGGUCCAUAGUAGCUAAGGGAGCUGAGGAUUCGAGAAGUAGUGAAGAGAACAAUAGCAGCAGUUCAGAUGAUGAAAAUCAUAAGGAUGAUGGAGUGUCGAGUGCAGAACAUGGGACAUCAGAUAAUGGGAAGCUAAAUGGGGAAGAAUCUCUUGUAGUAGCUCCAAAAUCAUCACCUGAAAUGGCUGUAAAUGGAUCCUGAGAUUUUAAUACUCUGGACUCUAAUAGUUGGGGCUUGGGAUGCACUCUCAUGGGUGAAAAUAAAACCUUCAGGGUUAAGACUGAGAAGGAGACAUGAAAACCGCAAAAGAAAGCUUCGGCCAACCACCGGAGGAAGAAAUGUAUAGUGAACGCCAUUUGAGAGGUAACAGGUUCUUCGUCCGUAAUGUUUGCAGCCGUUUUUUUUAUAAAAAAUAUUCAAUCUUUGGAAAAACUUAGCAGUCUCUGGUCUGGUGUCAAUUGCCUAUUGUACAAGACAUGGUCUAUCAGCAACUAACUCUUCUUAAUUCAAGUUCCUAAUGGUUUCCUUAUUUAAAUCUCUUUGUUUUUCUGGAAAUUCGUCUCUGGUCGUUGUGAUAGGGUAGAGCAGCCAAAGUGUGUUAUAUUUUUCUUUCUUUUUUAACAGUUAGAUGUUACACAUGAGAUAUAUGAUUUUGAUAUAUUUUGUAUUCAGUUUUUGGAUUUUGUUUUAUAUCAUCAAGAGGUUCUUUAGAAUC